AUGGAGGAACAAAGCAUCCUGAAAUUUUUCAGAGCCUUUAAAGAGGAUGAAAAUGAACACUUUAUACAAGGAAACCCAGAGCUGAUUUUUUACAAAAAGAGAAAUGUGGACGCAAACUUUGAAGAUGCACUCGAGAGCAGCGAGGAAAACUUCGGGUAUGUCAUAUUGCCGCGUGAAGGUGAGAUGAUAAGCUAUAAUUCUAAAGCUGCAAAAGAAAGAGAGAAUGACUUUGACAUGACGGAGGAGGAGAGGAAUCUAUUCAACCUGAGAAACAAGGCUGUCGAUGCAGAGAAUCAGGUCUUGGCUUCAAAUCAAGACCAGAAACAGCAGCCAAAUGGAGACAGUGACACAGCAAACAAGGGCUGUAAGAUAUCACUGGAGGAACAAGCAUCUGGGGAAUCUCUGCAACCAAAAUGUCAACUUAUUUCAACUGACAACACAAGUGCAGGUUGUGAUUUGCAUGCGCCAAUCAGUGUCAACAAAGACGAACAUGAAGAUGACAACCAGAAUGAAGAAAAAGAUGGUGACAGUGAAACCCAGGAGGAAUUUUUGACAAGUUCUCUCGAUUGGGAUGAAGAUCCUGGGAAAAGUCAGACUUGUCCUGCCAAGCGUGUAGUGAUCACAGUGACUCGCACUGAAUCAGCAGAUAUGGACCAAGUAGAAGCAAAAGAAACAUCAACCAUGGAGGAGUCUGUGGAGGAAGAAAAAGACAAAGAUGACGAGGAAGAAGUGGAACAAGAUGAGAAAAGAGAUUUAUGCCCAGAUUUUCCUGCUCAACCAAACUACCUCUCCAGCCCUUAUCAAGCUCCCCUCCCAACAUCAGAAGCCAUGUCCAAAAACCCACCUCCUGGAUCCACCAUCACCAGAGCCACCUUCUCUCCCAGCUCCUCCACUGACAAGCAGAUCCAGCUUCCUGCUCUCUUCAGCGGCCUGAGGGUCCUGAGGAAAGGCGUGGUCGGGCCGGCACACGACACUGUAGCUCACAUCAGAUGUUCCUCUGAAGGAACGAGGAGAGAGAUUUUCGGGGAGAAGCAGGGACUCGACGCUAAAGUUCAAGGCAGCUUCUUGGACCAGAUCUCCCAGUUCCUGAGCCGGGAGAAGAGAGGGGAUGACAAAGAGGAGAAGAAGGAAGAAGGAGACAAGGUUGACGCCAGGGAGAAGAAUGAAGAAGUUCAGGAAAGGGAGAGGAAGGAGCUGGAAGCAGAGGAGGACGCAGAGGUGAUGCUUGAAUCCCCAAAAUCCCCAACAGUGUCCAGUGCAGAGGCGGCGUUUGAUGCCUUUAAAGCUUUUUUCACCCCAAAGCCUCUGAAGAAGGAUCCAGCAGACCUGGAGGCCAUGAGGAAGAGGAUGAAAGCAGAUCGAGAUGUGCUGAAGGCACUUUUUGAGAGAUCCCCCAGUAAGAUGCAGGAGAAGACAGACCCACCUGAUAGCAAAGUACGAAACAAAGGUCAAACUCGUUAUUUAUGAAGAUAAACUCUCAAAAGAGCUGAGAUUGGAACAACAUCCUGUAUAGAAUAAUCCACAAACUCUAUAUUUAAUGUGUAUUUAAUCUGUUUUCAAACUCUAUUUCUUCCAGUCUGAAGCACCUCUCCAAGGAGAUGGUGAAGAGCGAACUCCUGGUCGUCUCCAAGCUGUCUGGCCGCCGCUCAAGGAGGAAAAAAUUGGGCUGAAAUAUACAGAAGCAGGUACUUAACAAACAUAUAACACAUUUAUUCAGAACUUUAACCAUAAAUAUAUAAUCCUUAAUUUGGGUUCAGAUUUACUGUCCCUGCCUCAUUGUUUGGGGUCCCACAGACUCUUCGGCCAUAUGUUAAAGAAUAGCAAGAAAAAUUGUAAUAUUAGCUCAAGUACAAUCCAAAAUGAGAACAAAUAAUUCAGACAAGUGCUUUACCUCAUUUGACCUUUGACCUUUGAUCAAAAUGACCAAACAGAGACAUAAGUGGAAUAAAAACAAUAGACUUUCAAAGAAUAAAGUCACAAAUUUACUCGAUUCAAGGCGAGAAUAAAACCGAUUGUUCACAGGGAUGAAGUAAUCUUUUUCAAAAGAUGACUUUUGAUCAACUUGAUGUGAAAUAAGUUACAUGGGUACACAAGAGAACAAGGUUUCCGCCUGCACUUAAAUGAGAAAUACUGUUGAUCCUGUGAAGUAAACCACAGAGUGAAACUCACCAGCUGAGGACAAACAGCGGUUACAGAAGCGUACACCAUCAGCCACACUCAGUUUCUCAGACUGUCUAUUCAUAACACCAUCAAGUAUGACAGCAUGGUGCAGUACAGUGAUAAAAGAUUGAGUGUUCAGUUAUCUAUGGACUUCAUGUUAAAGUAUAACUUUAACAUAGAAAUUAUGACUUUUUUAUGCAAAUUGGAGUCUUUACUCAGAAUCUAGAUUUUUUUUACAUCUAUAACAGCCCUGAACAUUCAGAGUCAGGUGUGACAGAUGUUGAUUUUAGACGUAGCUGCAGAGGGAGUUUUAGUGUUUGUUCUGUGAUAUCAUGAGAUGGAUGAACAGUAUAAUCAAGCUCCACUGCCACAGUAAACAGGACUCCACCCUGAGUGUGUCCACAGUCUGGAGGCGUCUGCACACGGGAGAAUCAUGUGACACAGACUUAUAUUGUCAAUAGAGAGAUUUUUAUUUAAAUCCAAGAGUGCCCAUUCUUUUUAAAGUUAUACUUUCUGUUUUUUUUUUUUUUCACUUUUAUUAAUUUUUUUUUUUUUUACAAUCUUUCUGUGUCAAAUGUGCUAAAAAGUUUUAAAAAAUAAACUUGGGCAUACUUCAUACGUUGGCCACACAGAAUUUACCCAGUUUACCCAGUGAGGGGUUUAAUGACAUUCAUGAAAUAGACUCAAAUUACAUACUUACAAGAGCAGGCAAGACAAGGCUUAAUGGUUUCAUGCUGCCAUUGUUAAUGCCUGAAACUGGUUUUGGUGGAAAGGUGUCAGCCAAGUCUAUAAAGAAAAGUUGUAUCUCUAUAUUCACUGCAUUAAAUAUUAGUGAUGGGAAUUACGUCUCUUUUUAGUGAGCCAGAUCAUUCGGCUCAGCUCACUUAUACAUUUGCUAAUUCAGCCAAAUUUAGCGAUGUUUGGCUUAUAUGUCCAUAUGUGUACACAUACCUCUCAAAUAAUUCAAUACAUCCUUUGUACUGAAGUAUUCACAAGUAAUAAUUACAUUUUCUAAUAUCAGUAAAUUGUUGUAUCCAAUUGUUUUCAUUACAUUUACAGACCCAUAUAACUCGCUGAAACCACCCAACGAAUGCACUGACUUGCUUGUAGAACCACUCUGCUACACACAGCAGAUAGAAAUCUCGUCAUUCUGCCUUGUAGUUUUUUCUACGGUCCAUUGGGGGGGUUCACAGAUGGGAGCCGGCUCCCAUCGUUCACGUUAAAGAGCUGGCUCUUAAAACGGGUCGUCAGCAACCGACACAUCACUAUUAAAGAUCACCUAAAUCAUAAAUAUGACUCAUAGUAUGUAGAGAUCAAGAUAAGACUUGUUUGUCCACUUGGGGGCGCCAAAAAUGGCACAAAGGAGGUUUAAAAGAAAAAAAAGUCACCACCAAGAAACCUCCAAUAUCCCAACUUCUUGAUAUUCAUACAGCGUGUCUUGUUUUGUAUUUAAAUAGAUGAUUUCUCAGUAUUUGAAAUAAUCAUCCAUCUGUAUGUGAGAAUGAGCCUGUCGUGUUUUAGGAUUAUGUAAGGUUGUUUGAGCAGGAGUAAUACCGUGUGAUCCAUGUGAACACACCCCUCUCCCUGAGAAAUCACCUCCGGUACAUACAGUCAGGUGAAAACCAUGAUAAACUUCCAGCUGACCACUGAGUACGUUAAGCCGUCUAUCAGAAGGUCAAUAUUUGCUCAUGUAGUCUGUCCAGGAUGCCAUAGUCAGCCGUGUGUGUGUCACCGGCUGUGUAUUUGAGCCUCUGCUGCCACCUUGUGGUCAAAUUUGAACUGUUGUGCAACGUCACAACAUCCUCAAACACUUUUCAUUCCACUAUAGUGGCAAAAUAUGCAUAUAACUUGAUAAGUAAUUGAGAAGAAAAGUUGCCUUUUAAGGUAUAAUGUUUUUCUCUAUGUCUUCCUUUCUCCUGUCAGAGCACCAGGCUGCUCUGCUGCAGCUGAAGAGAGAAUGUAAAGAGGAGCUGGAAAAGCUGCAGGUCAGUAUGAGAAAACCAGACGCACAGCAGCACAUGGCGCACAGCAGAACAUAAAACUAAAUAUUAGGCUUCACUUUCUUGCGUUAAGUUCUUACAAAGUAUCAAGCUUUAAAAAGUCAUCCCCAUAUUAGCCCUCAGGCUCAAAAUGGGGUAGAAAGCCAUACUCACUUAUCCCUAAAUCAACCUAUUUGAACUUUGAAAGCACAGGAGGGGUGAGUAAGGGAGCGUUUAAACCUGGAAUCUUAAAGGGAAUAUCCCUUUAACUAUUGCAAAAUGUGACAGUUCUUACGCACUGUAACUUAAAAAAAUCUUUAAAAUCAUUGCAAAUCUAUUAAUAAAAAACACAAAUUGUGCUUUAAAUGCAGUUUAUCAGUUUGACUUUUAUCGUCUAAAUCCAUCAUAAGAUUGAAUCUGACAUUAUUUUCAGGAGGGCUUUGGUCAGGAACUUUGGAGGCUGAAGGAGGAGCAUGAUGAGAAAGUGGCUCAUCUGGAGUUCAGUCUGUCUGAGCUGCAGGCUGAACUCGCUCAGGUCGGGACUCGCUGUCGUGGUGAACUCAGAGACGUGGCCGUUUCAACAGGAGAUGAUUUCAUCCACAAAUCUUUCCGCACAGUCUGCAUCCAGACAGAUAGAGAGACGUUUGUGAAGACUUCUGAGGAAGGAGAGAUAGUGAGAGUCUGCUCCAGCCCCCAGCAGCUUAGGGUGACCCCCAAAAAACUGGACCUGGCUUCUAUCAGUCUCAGCCUGGCUGGGAAGAGGGAUGAAACUUUGUCUCCUUCAUCACAGGACCAUCUUACCCAUCUUUCUCCUCCUCCUCCUCCUGCUCCUCCUCUUCCUCCUGGAGCCACACUACCUCAAUCAGAACACCUCCCCACUCCCUCUCAGACAAAACCACCAACCAAAGCGGACAGUCUGCCUCCCCCUCCUCCUCCUCCUCCUCCUCCAUGUUUGUCUUCACCUCUAAACAACAUGCAGCCAUCAAAUGUUCCUCUUCCUCCUCCUCCUCCUCCCCCUCCAUCCAUGCCAGGCUUGCCCCCCCCUCCACCACCUCCUCUCGGUGGAGGGCCCACAGUCGAUAAACCUCCCAGAAAACAGGCAGUGGAGCCCUCCCGACCCAUGAGGCCUCUUUACUGGACCAGAAUCCAGAUCAAGGACAACAAGUAGGUUACCAAACAAAGUCAAGCACUGCCAUUAAAAUCAGAUUCAAAGACAACCUGUACAAAGUAUUCAUGGACAAAACCUUCAAAUUUGUAGGUUCUGCCUGUUGUCACUGCAGCCAAGAAGUCCAGAAUGUGCAGUAAAUCCUUGCAAUAGUAGAAUUCCAAGAAAUUCAAGAGAAAAAUCGUAUUUUUAAGGCACAAAUUUCGGAAGAUUCAGUCGUUUCUGCUCAUUUGUUUUACAUUUUCUUAUAUCCUGAUAAAAGAAAUAUUGUUCAGAUUUAGAACAGAGGCGCACAAUUAAAAAUAAAUAUGUUUAGCCUGUAAAUGUUUAUAAUGUUUAUUAUUGGCAUUGGUGGAUAUAGCUCAUAGCUGCACUGUGCACCUUCAUCCUGACAUUGUAAAUUUCUGUCUACAUAUAAUGUGCUGUGUGGGAGGAAAGUUCUUACCUGUUGAUUUUGAAGUUGAUUUGCAAGAUGUGACAAAAAUUUCACAGUUUAUACCCAGCUUAUUUUCUAGUGUUAUCGAGUAAAAAACAACCCUUUAAGAUGAAUAAGCAAACAAUUUCUAUGGUAUGUAAUGGUACAGCCUGUUUGUACUGGUUUAACCCCUAAUUAGUGUAACACUAGUGAUUUGAAUAAUAACAGACUUUAUGUUCAGAGAUAUUACUGUUUAGUCUUUCUGAGUUGGAAUUAAUGUGUUGACGGUUGAUGAGUUUGAGCCACAUGGUACCACAUGGUCUCAGCUGACAGUAGAGACUUUACUCCUUGUCAGCACCAAUGUUUGAGAAUCAGGUGUUGGUUGCAACAAGGCUCCUUAGCACAGACAGGAGUGUAUUUUGCUCCAGACUGAUGUAUAAUAUCCCAUUUAAAUGUAUGCAAACAACACAGGUGCACAGAGACACUUUGUGUGGCCCUUUUGUGAGUCAGUCUGUGUUUCUCUUCUCUGCAGUAACAACACACUGUGGAAUGAUCUAGAAGAGCCAAAUAUAAUCAACACCAGCGAGUUUGAGGAUCUCUUUGCCAAAGCCACCACACAGCCCAAGAGGAAGCCGCUGUCUGAGACUUUUGAGAAGAAAGCUAAACCCAGAAAGGUAACACACACACACACACACACACACACACACACACACACACACACACACACACACAGUUACCUUUAUUCAAAUGCUUUUGAGGAUUUUUUUUUUUGCAGUACUUAUUUUGUCCACUAGAGGGGGUAUUUGUCAUUGAGUUGACAGUGAGAAGCUCAUUUCACUGCCAAAAAUGAAUCAGAUUGAAAGAAAAUCAUUUGUGUUGAAUUGAUUCACUUCAAUUAAUUAUGAGGACAUUGAGCUUUGAGUGAUCUAACUAAAUGGACUCUGGUGCAAACAUGAGAAUUACAACAGCACAGUUGUUCUCCUCUAAUUGUUUCUAGAGGUAAGGUAGUCAUGGUAACUGUGUUUGUCUUUGUUAUUUUGUGUGUGUGUGUGUGUGUGUGUGUGUGUGUGUGUGUGUGUGUGUGUGUGUGUGUGUGUGUGUGUGUGUGUGUGUGUGUGUGUGUGUGUGUGUGUGUGUGUGUGUGUGUGUGUGUGUGUGUGUGUCAGAUCAUUAAGCUGCUGGACGGUAAGCGCUCUCAGGCUGUGGGCAUCCUCAUAUCGAGCCUCCACCUGGAGAUGAAAGACAUCCAACAGGGUGAGUUUGAGAGCCUGAUGGUAGAAACAGCUCGAGUCUGAGUUAAUGUCUCCACUGAAGUUCCUUAAUUUUUUUAAAAACUUGGAACAGCUGCAGUGAUUCAUUCUUUUAAAGUGCUCUGAUCACACCAGAGACAUUCAGGUGAAAUUUCAACUUUGAGUUUUACUCACAGUAUUUCUACACUCACAUAUAAAAAAGUUCUGAAAAAUUAUACUGAUGUAACCCAGGAUUUUGUUUAUUUGAAUCACCUUUUAAACCACAGAGAGUCUCCAGGCAAACAUUGUAACAGUCUUUAAAGUUCAUUAUCUAAACAGCAGAUUUUUCUUAGCCUGGCUGGGCCAUCCAGUGAUUUUUCCUGCCAGUCUAAAUAAUCUGCAGUUUCAUCUGUUUAAAGGAUAUUCCGGCAUAAAUUUAAGUCAUGGGGCUCUAUUUUCGCCGGUGAGGCGGCGGAGGGCGGCGAGCCCCGCGCAGUUGUAUCUUCGUCUGGCGGAGCCCAGCGUAAGGCCAGUUUGGUAUUUUCAUGGCAUGAGCCGCACGGAGGCGAGCCGAGAUCCGCCAAGCUGGGCGUGGUGGCGUGGCAGGGGGAGGUGUCGACAGAAUCAGCUGGCGCAGUGACAUUUUCGUGCUCGCCAACGGCGUGUAAAGUGCGCUGAAAGCUCGCCGAUUCAAACCUGGUCAGCUUUCAGCGCAAGGCGGAACGCAGCUGGUCUUGUUGUAUUUUGGUAGACCGGCGGCGUAUCGACAUAUGUCACUGAUGCCUCACCGGCAGGUUUCCACAGUGUCAGGCACAUUUCAGUGCAAUAAAUAAUCAUCAUCAACUAUUAAUCUGAGUCAGCACAGACAUUUAGAUCUAUAUCGAUAUAUUCUGAUCUAUAUCUGAUCUGAUGAGCGCGUUUGGCACGCGUUUGGACACACAACCUGACCGAAUCAACACAGCUGAAACCGCAUCAAAUUAAAUUAAAUAUCUAGUAAAUAGACACACAUGAUGAAGUUAACAAGAUAUGUAAUUCGUCUCCCUCCUUUUCUUUCUUCCUCUUCCUCUUAUUUCUCGCACAGCUCGACCUGGACACGUCUCCGUGUCCUCUGUCCGUCUUGCUGCUGCUGCAGCUGAACAGAUGAUUUGUUUCAGUGCUCAGAUGCGUUAUCUACUUUAAGCCGACAUACGGAUAUUAUAAUAUUCAGUUUUGUGAGCCAAAUUUAUUUUAUAUGCCAACAUCUAUGAAAGAAAGAGCCAGGCCACGGAGCGCGAUGCGUCAUUUACGCACAGAUGGUUCCGAUUUUAAUGCCAUUUUUGGAGUUUAUGUUGUGAUCUGUGCGCUCAACCCACCUUUGUCACGUGAGGUUUGAAUAUGAGCAACUUUAUGUGAGUGUCUUUAUUUGUGAAAACGGGUGUUUGUCUUACCAGUGGGUCCAACAUUACGCACACUAAAUCCAUCUGUGCUCAUAUGAGAGAGUGUGGAGGACACUUGUUGAGGAGCUGCCCUCUGUCGCCAUCUUGUGGCAUUACUGUCUUAAGACAUCUCUUGAUAUCUUUGACUACUCCAUGAAAAUAGUAAUACGCCUCGCCUGUGGCGGAUUUAAAGGCAAGGAGAGGAGCGUAUGUGAUUGGUGAAAACAGGUCUCGGCUGUGUUAAACCAACUACACGCCCUUUCUCCUCCCCGUCUACGACUUAUGGCGCUGGGAGGAGCUGAGUUAGGGAGGGGGGAUACUUACGCCGGGCUGCGCGGCUCACCAAAAUACCAAAAUGUGCUUGGGAACGCCUUGUCAGCGCGGCGGAUCUGACUGACGCUGCGCUUGCGGCACGUCUCCGGCGUGGCACCAAAAUAGAGCCCAUGGUCAAACACACUGUAACACUGAGUUAGACACCCCCUUGAGAGAUGAAUGUUGUCGACUGCUUGCUUCUCUUGUUAUACCAACUUAAGUAACGACCGCACAUUUGCAAUACACAGAGGUAUACGUCUCCAUGCACAAACCUCAACCAAAUAGCCACUCUAUAGCCACAAAUAAUGCUCAGAACAGCACCUAACUUCAUCAACAGUACAUAUAGGGAACCGAAGUCAUGCUAACUUCCGGGUUAGCAUACGGUCCUAUGGAGCCCAUCAAAAUGAAUGGACAGAUAUAUAUAACUACUGGUCCGCUUUUGUAUAGGGAACCAAAGCCCCUACACAUUUCACAUAUAAUGUUUAUCAUGUUUAAAUUUACAUUUUAACCUCGAAAAAGCCGUGAUUUUAGACAUGUUGCUAUAACUACAGUUUAAUUUAGAGUGAGACCACGUAAUGAACUACACCGCUCGUCGCACUAUUUUUGCGUCACUGUCUAAGCUUUGACAGACGACGAUGGCGGUGACUUUGGCAAGUUUCACGUCCUUCUUCCAGGAUGAAGGAAAGAGUAUUAAACGUGGUGAAAACCACUACAAGUCGGGUCAUGUUGAGAGUGGGAGUUACGCCGGCGGAGAGAUAGUUGGUCGAGUGAGAGCCAGCAUGCGGGACAAGCUCUACAAGGGGGCGCUACGUCAUUUACGCGACUUCUUGCGGUCUGUAGUCUCUCCAUUUACGUGUUUUCAAAGACAAAUAGAUCAACAAUUACACAACAAACAUAGCCUUUAUUUACCUUAAUGGUUAUCAUUUAAGUUAAAAUACAACAUAUUUGUGACUCAGGGUGUAAAACAAAGCGGACCAGAAAAUACCAUAGACCUGUCCAUUCACUCCUAUUAUCCCAAUAGGACCUAUAGCGCUAACGCGGAAGUGGGCGUGGCUUCGGUUCCCUAUAGGGCCCCAGCCAUAGUACUAGCCAUCAAACAUCUUUUUAACUUUGCCUGAUUUCUUUAGCAAAGAGACCAAACACAACUCACCCACUCUCCUCCAGCAGCAGCUUGUUUGUGUGGGAGCCCUGACAAGUUGAUCACCAAGUGCAGCGGAAAAUUUAUGAUGAUUACUUCAUGGAAAUGCAAUCAUUUCCAUGAAGUAAUCAUCAUCAUAAUAAUCAUUUUGCACUGCAGACGCGGUAGUUCUUCUGCCUUAGUGUCUCAAUCUGAUUUCAUUUCCAUUUCCAAGUAAUAAUCAUAAAUUUUUCCGCUCCACUUUGUGAUCAACUCACCAGGGCUGUGGUCGUUGCUGAAGUUGGUAUAACUAGAGAAGCAAGCGGUCAGCAACAUUUAUCUCUCAAGGGGGUGUCUAACUUGGUUUUAAGAUGUGUUUGACCAUAUGUUAAAUUUACGCCGGAAUGUACCUUUAACAUGUAGGUAACCACAGCUCACCCACUUUAACCUCAGCAUCACACUUAAGUACAGAGUUUCACCCUGAUUUGGGCUUCUGUGAAUUUAAGGAUAAAAUGCUGAAAGACUCACUAAAACAUGGAAAGACAAUCAAAAAGAAGCGAUCUCUUUGGCUCAUCCCUAACUCUUAAAAUCUUUGCACACAUUCAACUUUGUCUUCCAAAGGGAGGGAGAUCUGCAGUGCUCUGUUUGGCCUCUUCGCUUUUGUGGAAUCACAAGGGACUAUAACACCUGCUGUUUGAUAGUUUUACAAAUUUUAACAUAGUUCUUGUUUGUUAUUUUAUGUGUCUGUAAUGUAUGCAUUCCUUUUUACAGCAAUACUGACUGUUGAUCACUCAGUCGUCGACUUGGAAACUAUUGAAGCACUCUAUGAAAAUGUAAGUAUUACAGCACGAUGAACUAAGGCUUACCUUCAUGUGUAAUUUCACAGUUAUGAACUUUUUAUGCAUUAAUGUAAUUAAUGAUUAAUUUAAUGUCACUUUUUAAGAGAGCGCAGCCAGAGGAGCUGGAGAGGAUCCAAAAGCAUUAUGAGACAUCCGAGGAAGAGGAGGUCAAACUGCUGGACAAACCUGAACAGUCUGUAUCUCAGCUGCUGACUCACAUCUUCAGACUUCACUGUGUGUACAUCAUCAUCAUCAUCACUUUUUGUAAUCUUAUUGCUGACCUGUUUGUGCUGCAGGUUCCUGUAUGAGCUGUCUCAGAUCCCAGAUUUUGCCGGCCGAGCUCACUGCAUCAUCUUCCAGUCAGCUUUCAUCGACGGGAUCGCUUCAAUUCAACGCAAGCUGAACACCCUCUCCUCUGUCUGUCAGGUAAGAUACGUAUCUCUGCUGUUUAUAUGUGUAUGUAACUUAGGUGUCACUUGUCUCUACUUGACCUUUAAAUGACCUUUUAAUUCUCUGUGUCUUGUGCGUGAUGAAGGCUUUACUGGAGAGUGAUAGUGUAAAGAGAGUGGUCGGUCUGGUGCUGGCUCUGGGAAACCACAUGAACGGAGGCAGCAGGGUCAGAGGUCAAGCUGACGGAUUUGGGCUGGAGAUUCUUCCCAAACUGAAGGAUGUGAAGAGCAGGGUGAGGCUCUGAUAACCCUGAAAAGACUGUCGUAGCUCUAUGAGGAGGCAGCCUGUCAGUGGGCUUCAGUCCACCACCAGAAUUUACUCAGAGGAAUCGUAGUUCUCGCAUGUCAAAGUCCCACAGUCAUAGCCUGAUCCAGCAGAUGUAGGUCAUCAGGACCUGUUGGCUCCACAAAUCGAUCUUUUUAUCUUGUGCGGUGUGACAUAGUGAAUGAAAACUGAAAUAGAUGUUUGAUUUUUUCUGUUGGAUUCUGCUUACAUAGACAGGCAUGCAUCCAAGACUCCUUACCAGGUGUCAAACCAGCAACCAUAAUAAAUAAAUAAAUAAAUGAAGAAAUGAGGCAGGAGAGAGAGUGAUCCACAUGCUGAGGGUUUUCUAUUUCACUGAUGCAGCUGUCUUAAUUCCUCCUCAGGAUAAUCGUAUCAGCUUGGUGGACUAUGUGGUGUCGUACUACCUGCACAAUGUAGACAAGGUAUGAGUGUAAAAAUGCUCAUAGUUACUCAAAGUUGUUUUUGUUUUUUUAACGCUCGACUCUGUACGAAUCAGAUAAAUGUGAAAUGUGUUCAUUACAGACUUGUUAUCAAAUGUAAACCUGAGUUAACAAAGUCAGAGGAAGAGUCGCACACUAACUCUUCAUGCAAACUGACAUCAUUUUCAUGUCAGCAGAUACAUUUCUGAUCCCCUGGAUCAACAGAGAUGUAUGAUAUCUCUGUUUUUGUUAUAUUUACCACCAGAACGCCGGCACAGACAAGAGCAUGUUCCCUCUUCCUGAACCCCAGGAUGUCUUCCUGGCAGCGCAGGUCAACUUUGAUGACCUGGACAGAGACCUGAGACUGCUAGGACGAGACCUGACAAGUACGUGAUUUCACUGCUGCUGCCUUUCCCCAAUCCAACUCCUCCCUAAGAAAACUGAUCACUCAUCUGGAUGGUUGCAUGCAGUCAGACGCUGAGCAUCAAUGUGACUGUCUGACCGGAAUAUUUCCAUCUUGUGGUCAUUUUGUUGUGUUUAUUUUUUUUUCAAACCUCAGGCAGUCUGUGUAACUCUAUCACUCUGAUUCUCAGACAAAACCUCAGCCCAGUCUGGCAUCGUUUUGCCUCAGACGCUCCUCUCCCUCCCUUUUUCACAUCUCACCGUCCUGGUUUCCCAUCACUGGCCCCAGCCAACUGUUUAUAUUUAGAGCUCAAGGCUGGUUCUUUGACCAAGCCCAAGUUCACCAAAGCCUCAGAACAAAAGAUUUCCUCUCCUCUUUCUUAGACUUUUCUCUUCCUUCUUUAAAUGAGCACAUGUGACGCCAUUCAGCAUGCCAGUCAUAUUGGAAACAAUGCUCACUCGUACAUGUGUACGACUGUGAGGGCGAGUACAUUGUUGUUUGUCCAUGUAUACAUGUGUUUCUGCCUGUGCUGCAUGUACAUGUAUUCAGAGACUGGCAGAGUCUUGCCGCUGAUACUGGGCUGGCGCCUUUCAGAUCCAGCUUCUAAUCCUCCCGCCCAUCAGAUCUCCCAUCGUUGUGCCUUUGUGCCCCUGUCGCCAGCACAGGGAGACCGUAGCUUCCCACUUAUGUAAUCUCCAGACCUCCAGUAUCUGGGGUGUAUCUGCACGGGCCUUUGCAGAGAUGCACAGAUCUCUAACCUGCCCGACCCUAUCACCUGGGCUCCAGUGUGGCCCCCAGAUGUGUGCCACAGAUGGCUUUCUUUACCUCUCAACACAACUUUGUCUUAUCAACCCGUCUACUCAAACCACCGUGCAAUCUGGAUCGCCCGUCGUGGAGUCCUUUUGUUGUGCCCUCAUGCCUGGUUUGAAGCUCUGCUCCUGUCGCUCUUCACUCUCCCUGAGUUUUCUGUUUGGUCGGUAUGAAAUGUUUCCCAACACACUUAAAGACAGAUUAUUUUCUCUCCAGUCAUCCAUGCUGACUGUUGAAGGAAACGAGAUCGCAGAGCUAUUUCACAUUGAAAAGACUUCUUCUGUCCUGUGAGCUUUUCCUCGAUUAAAAUCAUGUUUUUUUUUAUGUUGUCAUGAACUGGCUUAAAGUCAGCCACAAAAAAAGGGAGUCGCACACAAAAAUGAAUCCCAACACACUUCAUUUGUAGUGAAUUUAAGACAAAAUAAUCAUAAUUUUGUUGGCAGGAUAUAGGGCUGGGCGAUAAAAAGAUAACGAUAUUAUCGAAAUAUAAUUUCCCUCAAUAUCCAUAUAAAACAUGGUCAAUAUGCUUUUCAAUAAUCGGCAUUCUGCCAUGUUUUGGUAGACUAUACGAAUAGCCAAUGAAAAGGGGAGUUGCUCCAGGUCUGCUUCACACUGAACCAAUUAUGUGCUGAAUUAGAACCAAGUAGCAACCAACUGUGUAGUAGCAGGCUGCAGCUACACGCAAUCAUAGCAAUUUAACACCUUACGCUGACAGCACUGUUGGUAAGAAAAAAAGAAAAUGAGUGCUACCCCCAGCAGAAAUGCAGAUGAAGGCUCAACAGAUGAUGACAUUGUCGACAACACUGGCACGAAAACGUCGGUGGUGUGGAGGAUUUUUUUUACCUUUUGAGAUUGGACAUGAAGCAGAGUAAUAUUCACUGCAAAUUAUGUCAAAGUCGGGAAUACCUCAACUCUUUUUCACCACCUGAAGCAGUGCCAUGCUAGCCUGGCUGGGCCAUCCUGUUGCAUGAGUCACUUGACGUUCCUUCCCACAACAGUCUGGACUUCGGCCCAUUGGAAGCCCUGAAAGUGGGUGGGAGUACUUUCCUUGAUAGACAGACUCCUGUAACCAAUCACCGUAACCAAGCAUCUGACAUCAUCACAGAUGCUUGGUUACGGUGAUUGGUUACAUUAGUACAUGGACCAAUCAGGGGCUGCCUUUCCCUGUUGUCCGGGUAACAGUGGAAACACGGUAUCUGAUUGGCCCGGUUAUUUUCUGAUCGGGCAUACACGCUCUCUAUGGGCCGAAGUCCAGACUGUGGUGGGAAGGAACGUCAAGUGACUCACGCAACAGGAUGGCUCAGCCAGGCUAGUGCCAUGCGGCAGAGCACGCGCAAUGCAAAAGUUUACAAACCCUAAGUGGAGUAAGGAGCCCAUGGCGCUUCUGCAGCCAAAACAGCCGACCAUUCAGUCCACUUUCUCUAGCACAAUGCCUUAUGACAAACGUUGAAGAGACACAAAGACCUCACAGAUGCAGUAGCUGAUUCGAUUGCAAAAGACACACUACCAAUAAGCACUGUUAAAUUUCAUUUAAGAGUAACAGGGAACAUUUAAGAUUAACAAGUGAUUUUUUUUAUAUUGUGACAUAAAUCGAUAUCCACAGAUAUGAAAAAAUAUAUUGUGAUAAACUUUCUCCCAUAUCGCCUAGCCCUAGCAGGAUACAUCAUUUAUGAACACAUUAUGCGGAAAUGUUAAUAAAACAGAAUUUGAUGGUUUGAGAAUCAUUUUAACCUUUUCUUUACUUUAACAAUGUGCAAAAUAUCAAAUAUUAAGACUUGAAUCGUCACUAAAUGUGAUACCAGCAACAUGUUUAAAAAAAAACAUUUCUUAUUGUAAAUUUGCAAAGAAUGGAGGAUUUCAUCAUCUAUAGUACAAAUGUAAUUAACAGGUUAAGAUAAUCUGGAGAAACUUCUGCACAAAAAGAACAUGGCCCAAAACCAAGACUGUAUAGCUGUGAUCUUCAGGCUCUCAGGUAGCACUGCAGGGAAAACCAGCAUGACUCUGUAGUGGAAAUCACUGCAUGGACUGAAAAUCACAUCUGUAAACACAUUUUGUUGCUACAUCCACAAAUGUCAGUUAAAACUAUACAAUUCAAAGAGGAAACAAUAUGAAAACAUGGUCCAUGGUACUGGCCACUUCUCUGGGCCUGAGAAUGUUUAAGAUGAACUGUAGUAAAGUGGGAAACUGCCCUGUGGUCUGAAGAGUUCAAAUUGGACAUUCUGUUUGGAAAUCAUUUAUUUCAUAAAUAAUGAAGUCUUCCGAAAGUAGAAUUUGCAAACCAUUAAAACUUGUUUUUGUCAACAUUUUUAGACAGCAUCCCAACUCUUUUGGACUUUGGGUUGUCCACCCAAACUAUUUUUUAAACCAGGAUAAUUAGCUUAACAGAGCUUCCUUUUGCAUUUGUGAUAUUUACUAGAGAAAAAUUUGGAGUUUCCUUCAACUUAUUUAUUGUGUCCUAUUUGAUAGAUUAACAUCCUUGUUGGAUCUGACGGAGGUAUUGCUGAUUUAUAAAGCGUGCGAUCCAAACAUGUCAUCAUCAGACCUCCUAAAUCUCUUUAAGAAUACAUUUAUCCCCAAAUGAGAAACCAAACCACUCUGAUCUGAGGGUACCGCACUCCUCAUCCCUCUGCUCUGUUUAUGUGGAGGUCUGCAACCCUCCUGGGUCUGGAAUAAGCAAACUUCAGUCAUACACAAAAGACAGACAAAAGAAAGAAAGGCUCCCCACACAAUACAGAGAGAGAUACCCGCCUCUACAGUUUACACAAAUCCUGAAUGAAAACAGUAUUCUUUUGUAAUCUUAUCUGGGAGAUGUUGAUCGAGCGUCGGGUUUGGAGGGGGGUGAUGGAGGGACGUGGCUCGGCUCCUUCUGCAGCCUCUAUUAUGACUGGCUGUGCAGACUGGCUCCUCUGAUCCACUGAUUGGACGCAGAGCCACACAGAGCCGCAGACUGGCAGAGGAAUAGAGAGAGAGGGGGAGUUUGUCGUCGCCAUCUCUGGAUGAAUCUCUAAAAGUGAUAUCUGAAGGGGAAGUUGGGCUGAUAACCUCCUACUUGGGCACAGGUGGAGCUAGUUUAAACCAGAACACUCUCCUCUCUGUCUCUGUUAGUGUUUCCAGACUCCAGGUUGGAGUUAAAGGCUGAAGCUGCAACAUUAAAGCUCAGACAGGGAUUUAUGCCCUGAUCCUAACCUAACCCUCACUGCAGAGUUUGCAACUUUAAGAGGUAAUUCAUCAUUAUUCCACAUGGGUGCAGCUUACAACUCAUGAUCAUCAAAAAUCCACAAUCUCAAAAUAUUAAAAUGUUACCAAAGAUAAUCCUAUCCUAUCCUAAAUGGGGUUUAUAGUCUGACUACAUUAUUGCAGAAAAUUCUGUUCAUUUAUGCUCUCAGUACUUGUUUAGGGCGCCUUUUGCACAAAUUACUGCAUCAAUGCAUGCUGGGGUGUCAUGAAGCCCAGGUGUCUUUGAUAGCUUCCUUCAUCUGUAUUGUUGCUCUGGAGUCUUAUGUUUCUAUUGAUGAUACUCCAGAGAUCCUCCAUGAGGUUCAGGUCAGGCAAGCACAGUAAAACUGUAGUAAGCAAACCGGUUUCUGGUGGUUUUGGCGCUGUUGGCAGGUGCCAUGUCCUCCUGUUAGUGUCUCAAUAAAGCUUCUCAGCAGGUAGACUUGAGAUUGUGUUGAUUCUGGACUUUAUAAAACACAGUGGACCAACUACCCUGAAUUAUCACUGACUCUGAAAACUUCACUCUGGACUUUGUUUCCCCCCUUCAGGAUGUGAGAAAGAUCUGCAGAGAGUUUGCUCUGAUUCUCCUGAAGAACACCUGCAGCCGUUUAAAGACAAGAUGGAGGCUUUUGUUCUCAGUGGUGAGUCUGUUAUCAAGCUGUUCAAAGCCUGAGUUUUUACCCAUGUCUAAAGUUUGAGAAAAUUAAAAAACUAGGAUAACAAAACAUGACAUUAGGUGUAAUUGGAGUUUCUCAGGAACUGACAUUUAUGCAGUUUAACGUGGUGACAGUCAGAAAAACUGUCUGCUUCAUUCUACCUCUCUGGAGUGUCUUUGUUAUUGUGUGGAUGUGUGUGGGAGUUGGAUCACAGUAAAAGCGAGACGCUCAGAUAAAGAUCAGACAGAUUUUGUUGCGGCUGAGAGACUCCUGCCUGAGAGAAAACCAUCUCUUUGACCGGGGCGUUUCAGCUUGUCAGAUUUUAAUUUAGCUCAGCUCUGUUCUGAAACAGACGGGAUAAUCAUUAACGAGAAUUCAAAAUUACAAACUCAUCAACACUUCACACAAAGACUCAAGCCUCUGUGUCUUACAGGAGUUUGAAGUCCUUAAAGACCUGCUAGUUGUAAUUUUGAUCAUGUAAAGUUAGCAUGGAAAACCGAAAUGUUAAAACAGAAAUAAAAAAAAUCUAAUUGUAUUUAUGAGGAAAAUACCUGCUGUUGCAUGGAUUGCAGGACAGGAUCUUGCUCCGAUUUCUCUUUUACAGAUCAGGUCUAGCAGCUCCUCAGGCUGCUCUCACAUCUGUACCUGCUAACCGUCUUUAUCUCCUGACUCUUAAGGUCAGCCUGAGAUAGAAACUGACAUUUUUACCACAGUGUCAACAGGCAGAGUUAAAAUGUGUUAUUUCUAUCAAUGGAUUUAUUAACAGAAUCUACACAGAGGUAAUUAAAGUCCCAAUAAGGAGUUUUUGAUGUUUAUGAAACACACCGCAGUUUAUAUUAAUGCCUUUACAUGAAAUCCAAAAGCAAAGAAGACCAUCAGGGACAAGACUGAUCAUUUGUAUCUUGUUAUUUUUAAUGCAUUAAACUGUUACGAGAGUCAGCUGAGCAACUAAAGAAAAACAAAAUACAAUAAAUGAUAGAGGAGCUUUAGAUGUGUGGUAUAUUCUGUUUUAUGGAGGGGGCUCUGGCCAUGACUGAACCAUUUCUGUGUUUCUUUACAGCUCGAAAAGAACACGGAGAAGCUUCCUAUCAACUCAUGACUGUCCGGAAAAGGUCUGAAAAUCUGUAAUCAAUACAAUUGUGUUGUAUACAUGAUCAUUAUUUUUUUAUUUAGCUUCAUUAUAAGCUUCAGUUUCAGCCGGAGCAGGCAAAUAAAAUGCUCAAUUUAAUCAAGUCAGAUUUGACAACUGAUGCAGGCAGGAAAUGUCUGUAAAUGAUUAAGGAUGAAACAAUAUCAAACUUUUGCAGACAGUCAAAUAGUAACCAUCAUUUUGGUCUGCUGUGUUCUAUAAUCCUCACUUUUUUAUAUAUCUGUUCAGUUUUCAAGACAUGGUUCUGUACUUUGAACUGAAGCCCAAAACAGGAGAGAAGGAGGUGACCACGGGUCAUUUCUUCAUGCUCUGGUUUGAGUUCUGUGCCGACUUCAAAGCCAGAUGGAAGAGGGAGAACAAAAACAUUUCCAAAGAGAGGUAUCAGAUGAAUUUUUAACACAUCAAAUCUUGUUUACUAGAGAGGACAGCUGAAGAGAGACAGGAAAGGGUGGGGGGACAUGCAGUAAAGGGUUAAGGCUGGAAAUGGUACCAGCGACCAUUGUGACAAGGACUAGAGUCUCUGCACUUGGGGUAGUUAGACAGACACUUUUUCACAUAAUAUUUAUGGCAAAAAUCAAACCAACCAUUGAACCAAAAGGUAUCUUUUUUUUUCAGGUUAAAAGAGGCUCAGCUGUCUGUGAAGAGGAUCACGUCAGAGAAGAAGGUGGAGACCAGAAGGAUCAACCCCAACAGCCUGGUAAGACUCAGCUUGCCUAAUGAAUUGAAGAAUUGAAUUUCAGCAGUCAGUAUGUAUAAAAAUCUUCCAAAAAGUUGUAUGAGAACCCAACAAGGUCCACUUUGUGCCCAAUUUGUGACAUCACCAACUGGUCAGUUUUCUUAAAAAGGCGUUUUUAAAUCAUUUUCCAAACUCGCCAGUUCAGUUUUGAGACCUAAACAUAUUUCAUAGUUUGAUAUUUUCCAACACAGAAACAGGGUUUCAUUUCAUACCAACAGCUUUAUAGCAUGGCAACAGUGGAGGAGGCUUCCAGAGUGUUGACUCUGGAGUGUCUAGGGUUGUAUAUGGAGGCUGAAAUGAAGGUUUUAAGGACACCAGCCUGACAAAGAUUUUUUUAAGCUGUAACAUAUGUAAAGAUAUCAACAAGCUAUCAGGACAACAUGGAGACUAAAAUGAGCACAUAAGUCCUCUUCAAGAUUUGGUCUGUGUCCUACUAAAACCAGAUUUUGAUUAAAUUCAGUAUAAAGUUUGUUGUGUUUUCUGCUUAGUAAUUCUGCUCUCUUUUUAAACCAAACAGAAAGAGCGACUGCGACAGAAAGAAGCCAGCUUCUCCUCAAACUAA